UGGGAUUUUAAAGCUAGAUGCGUGGUUCAUCAAAGUUUGAUAGAUCAAUUUGUCUACCGUGCUCUGUCAGAUUGUGUCGCAUCGUUGUUUUGUGCACUGUUUCGUCAAAAGAAUGUAAUUUGGAUACAUCCAAGUGUUGUUCUAAUUGGUCUCGAAAAAGCGUCUCGCAUUGAAAGGCGACAGUGUAUUCAACACUGAGGAAUAUAGCUUUUAAAGAUGAUUAAAGGUCGGCGCACACGACAUGCUGGGAAAAGUUCGAUACCGAACUCGACCAAACCCAAUUUGGAUGACACUGCCAGUCCCAAGCGAAAGGAUUCUAAACACAUUCACAAGGAUCAGGCAUCUCCGGCCACUGCGCAUCUCAACAAGAAACAUCUUCCUCAAACGCCGCAACCUAUGAUGUUACGUGGAGGCCGUUUAAAAAAUGUCGAUAUAACUUGCUACCUACAGCCAACAGAUCAUUUGUCUAGUGUCACCGUAGUAGCACAUCCCAAAGCAGAUACAAUUAUUGAUAUAACGGAUGAAAACGCAUGUAAUUUGUUUACAGAACAAUCGUCGCAUGCUCUUGAAGCAAGCAUAACUAAAGUACAUACGCUGGCUGGAACACAGAAGACCAGCAGUUUCAAUAACAACAACAUAUUUUUGCAAGAACCGGUGUUAAGUUUAAACCUUGACAAAACGGCUACGGAUCAAAGCAACUCCCGUAAAAUAAUGCCUAAAUCAUUCUUAGAAAACGCUAGCCUUAAAGCUAAUCUGUUUUCAUCGCUUACGCAAACCACGAUUGAUUCCUUGUGGAAAAAUGACUCCGUGACAGGAAUAUAUCAAAAUAAUAACAUAGUAGAUCCGCCAAAUGAUCUAACAAAAUCUCUAGAACAGCAUGCGUUGGAUUUAUCAAAACCCACCCAAGUUACACAUAUCGAUUCGACUACUGCGACUGCAGAAAUGUUCCACCACGAUGACAGCAAUUCAUGUGAUAGUGGUGACAGCGGCGUUGUUAUUAUUUCAAGCAACGAUGGCACAACUUCAUCCGUGGCGACUGAAGACGCUGAAUCUAAUGUGGAUGCCAUCGGGUACAAAUCAGACAGUGCAGAGAAACGUAGAAAGCCUGCCACUCCGCAUCGAAUACUUUGCCCGUCACCUGUUAAGCAUGCCGUUGUUUGUUCAGCGACCUUCGCGAUCGGGACCAAAUCGAUGGGCCCGGGAGGCAAUAAAAAGUUGGUGGCCGCAUCUAACAAAACUCGCAAAAGGUUAAAUGUUGACGAUGCUGAGAAUUCCUUGGAAUGCCAGGUAACAGGUCCGUUAAAUGAUAGUAAUCAGCAUCCAGUGGCACAGGGCACUUCCGAGAUGCACCAUGCCCAUAAUGAUUUGGACGUAAAGAAUAGAGGCAACAAAUUUACAGUAAAACAGCGUGAUCUAACAGUUGAACCUCUCAACGGCAAAGUAAACAGUGUUGGAAACAAAAAAAUCACCGAGUUCUAUCCAGUUAGGCGCAGUGUGCGGAAAACAAAAAAAGAAGUUCAAGUCGAAAGAGAUCGAGACAUCGAACAUGCAAUUCAGGAAGAACGUGAAGAAGGACUCAAGAUCCAGCAUUUUGAGGGCAAGGGACGGGGUGUUGUAACUACCCGGCCAUUCUGCAAAGGUGAAUUUGUAGUUGAAUAUAUAGGCGACCUGAUAAGCGUAUCAGAAGCGAAACAGCGAGAGCAAAUAUACGCGGAAGAUGACAAUACAGGAUGCUACAUGUACUAUUUUAAGCAUAAAAAUCUCCAGCAUUGUAUCGACGCUACUGCCGAAAGUGGAAAGCUGGGACGAUUAGUAAAUCAUUCACGAAACGGUAAUCUUGUUACAAAAACCGUUUCCUUGAACAAUCGUCCUCACCUAGUACUAAUAGCCAAAGAGGACAUCGAAGCGGGUGUUGAAGUUACGUACGACUAUGGUGACCGUUCGAAAGAGGCAUUACAAUACUACCCUUGGUUGGCCCUGUAACUGCCCAGUGUUCUGUUAAUAAGUUUACUUUUGUUCAAUUCUAAAAUAAUUUAGUUCAUUUAUCGUAUUGUCAAUCUCUUUCAUCAUAGUACAUGUGCUGCAAUUCUAUUCUGAAACCUAUCCGGAUAGCUUAGAGGAUCGAGCAAAUAGAUAACUAGGUUUUCGUAGAAUGUUUCGAAUAAUCGUAUCUAUAUAGGGAUCUUAUGUGGGUCGCUAUUGGAAUAAUUUUAGAAAGUAGUCAAGAAACAUUGGACGCAGCACAGUUUAAUCUAUAUAGUAAGACGCGCAUUGUAAUGGUUGAAGUUAGAUUAAGUAGUGAUGCAAACCUGACAGUUUAUUAGUAAAUAGAAAAUUAAGUUAUUGUGACCCCGG